GUCUUCACUGGAAUCAGAUAGUCUGUAAUUUGUUGCUGCACGCUUCGCUGAUGUCUUACUUAAGAAUGAGUUGGCUUCUUGUAUUCUUGGUUUUUCACCAGAUUCAGAAUCACAUCAUAAGUUCUGAUGGCAUGGGGAGAUACUUCACAGCGAGUGCGUUCAGCAUGGGGGAAAACAUUGGUUCAGACACGGAGGAUUUUGAUCAUGAAGGUCGAAUGCUGGAGAGUGCGGAGAUCCGGGCCUGGAUGAAGAACGAAAUAAAAGCUGAUCAUGUGGAGGUCCGAUGUCAAGCUUUGAAGAAAGGCGUUUUGGUCAAGGAUUUCGAGUACGUGACAUUGAAGCCCGAUGAAGAGCACCUCUGGAGUGCAGAGCAGAUAGACCUUUCACCUGAUCGGAUAAUCUGCAUAAUUUUCUGGAAAGUAAGCUAUCUGAUACAUGAUAUUUACUUUGCAGACCACAAUGAUCCCAUACUCACGAACUGGGACAUUGAUGAAUCUGGCCUGAACCGAUUUUACGAUGGUUCUGGAUCAGUUUUGGUCCAGACGUGGCGUGAGCAGAAGCCUCCUAUGUAGACAUACUUCUUCCAGUUCUCGUGUGUGACACAAUCAGACAUGUCUAAGGUCUGUGGCAACUCCAGAUUGAGAGUGCUGAUACCACCAGGGGUGACGAAUGUGCACAGUUUACUUUAAUACCUCAGUUUGAGCUGUGACUACGAGUGAUAUUUUCAGUUCUGAAAGUGUCUAUGCUCUACUUAUUAUAGCCGUCUUCUGUUCUUUCUCUUGGAGCAACGAUUUAAUUUAAUGAAAG